UAUAUGAACCCUGGCUUUUCUUAGGAUGCCCUGAUUUACCCUCUGGCACUUGUUCAUGUCAAAGGCCAUGGGAAGCUUCAACACCAGCUUGGGAGGACGCUUCAUUUUGGUGGGCUUCUCAGACUGGCCUCAACUAGAACCCAUCUUCUUUAUUUAUAUUUUGAUUUUCUACUCUCUGACUCUCUUUGGCAACACCACCAUCAUUGCUCUCUCCCAAAUGGACCUCCGACUGCACACUCCCAUGUACUUCUUCCUCUCCCACCUCUCCUUCCUGGACCUCUGCUACACCACCAGCACUGUGCCCCAGCUCCUGAUCAACCUCCGUGGACUGGACAGGACCAUCAGCUAUGGUGGGUGUGUGGCCCAACUCUUCAUAUUUCUUGCUCUGGGCUCCACAGAGAGUUUGCUCCUGGUGGUGAUGGCCUUCGACCGCUAUGCUGCUGUGUGUCGUCCCCUGCACUACACAACCAUCAUGCACCCCGUUCUCUGCCAGGCAUUGGCUAUUGUCUCCUGGAUGGGAGGCCUCUUGAACUCUCUGAUCCAGACAAGUCUCAUGAUGGCCAUGCCCCUCUGUGGCCAUCGAAUGAAUCACUUCUUGUGUGAGAUGCCCGUGUUCCUCAAGUUGGCCUGUGAAGACACAGAAGGAACAGAGGCCAAGAUGUUUGUGGCCAGAGUGGUGAUUGUUGCGGUUCCCGCCAUGCUCAUUUUAGGCUCCUAUGCACAGAUUGCCAGGGCAGUGCUGAAGGUCAAGUCGAUGACUGCCUGCAGAAAGGCUACAGGGACUUGUGGGUCCCAUCUCCUGGUUGUUUCUCUGUUUUAUGGCUCAGCCACCUACACAUACUUACAACCCAAGAACAGCUAUUCUGAGAGUAAAGGAAAGUUUGUUGCCCUUUUUUAUAGUAUCAUCACCCCGAUGCUCAAUCCUCUGAUUUACACCCUGAGGAACAAGGAUGUGAAGGGUGCUCUGUGGAGGGUGCUAGGGAGAGCCACUGCCACGGGGUAGGAAGGGAAAGAUGAUCAGUGAAACAUUUUAUAGUAUGUGAGUCCAGAGAGUUUCAGUGGGAGAGGGGUGUUUGGUGUCAAAACAAGUACAAUAAUUAUAAACAUUCAUGAAACUGUACAAUUUAUAAAAAUUGGAAAAUAAAAACAAACAAGCAGAAAAAAUUCA